AUGGUGCACCUGGACGAGGGGCUCCCCUGCACCAUCGGCAGGAAUGUCUCCAUUGGCCAUGCCUGCGUGCUGCACGGUUGCACCGUGGAGGACGAGGUCCUCGUCGGUAUGGGAGCCAUCAUCCUAAACAAGGCUGUGAUUGGCCGGGGCAGCGUCGUGGGGGCUGGGGCGCUGGUCUUGGAAGGCAUGCAGGUGCCUCCCUUUUCCCUGGUCGUGGGCUCCCCCGCUCAGGAGUUCUCAUUUGCUGCGACUGCUGUCAUGUUGACUGACGAUCCUGAGCGAUAA